AUGCGGCCGUCUCGCGCAAACAUAGGUUUCUGGCUGCUUUGGCUGUGCGCCCUCGUAUGGUGCUACCUGAACAGCUACGAUGACCCCUCCUCCUUCUUCUACGACGCCGAUCGCGCCUUUGACAGGUCCUUUUCUGCUGUUCGCGAGGCAGAGGUUGAGGAGUACCUGCGACGCGACGUGUACCCGGCUGUUGAGCUGCCAGACAGGACCGACGCGCCGGUAGCGGGCGAGUUUCUGUGCAUUGGAAUUCCGAGCAUCAAUCGCACGAGUUCGGCUUUUCUUGCGCACGCUGUUGGGAGUCUUGUCGACGCGCUCACCCCCGAGGAGCGAAACUCGAUACACAUUGCUGUUUUACUUGCCGACAAAGACCCCAAGAGGCAUUUCGCAUACGGAAAAGAAUGGCUGUUCAAUCUCGCCGACGAAGUACUCGUAUACGAAAACACCGACGUUAGCGAAACGACCGACGAGACUACAUCGAACCUCAACUACACUGUCCUUCCCCACGAUGUACGCGGCGUCGGUCGCAGCGACGACCGAGUUGAGAAUAUCCGCCUCGACCACUCUGUCCUAUUCGAAGUAUGCCGAAAACGAGAUCCCUCAUACUUUGCGCUCGUCGAAGACGAUGUGAUAGCCUCGCGUGACUGGUUCAUACGGUUCAAGAAGGGUGUUGCCCAAGUUGAGAAGCAGGCCAAGGACUCGGGCACAGACUGGAUCUACCUGCGGUUGUUCUACUCUGAACUCUUCAUGGGAUGGAACAACGAGGAGAUCUUUGACUAUCUCAAGGUGGUCAUUCUGGCGUAUACCUCUGUCAUUGCCUGCCUGUUGGUCGCCUUGCGGUGUCGUCGUCAUCGUCACUCUGGCUCUUUCGCCAGCAAGGACUUUGCACAGACCGUCGCAUUGCUCCUCGGCCUCUGGAUCCCAGCCUGUAUAGCCCUAGCUUUCGUGACCGGUCGCACCACGCUGCGUCGUCUCACUACUUUCUCCCCCGGCGUCCGUGAGAUGCCUCGUUACGGCUGCUGCGCCCAAGGCCUCGUAUUCCCGAACCACCACCUACAAGGUCUCCAAGACUUUCUCCGAACACCGCCGUUCCAGUUCCCAGGCGACAUGAUCACCGAGGAUUACGCGCGAGAUAGGGGAUUGACGAAGUGGGCGCUCGAUCCGAGCGUGAUGCAGCAUGUUGGACUGGUUGAGUCGUCAGACGGCCCCAGGAGGGCUGAAGUCUGGAACUUUAGCUUUGAGAGGCUCCGGCCGAGGCCAGGAUGA